AUGGUGUCAGAACAAGAGCUGCUGAAAUCAUACCCUCAAACAUGUGCUCCCAGCGCGGUGCAAGGUACCCCAGGUAAUCUAUCUGAUGUGCAACAGAAAUCGCUCGGUGAGUUCCGUGAGCAGCUCAAGCAAGGCGGCUACAGCGAAAGACUUGACGACUCGACCCUUUUGAGAUUUCUCAGAGCUCGUAAGUUCGAUGUAGCGGCCUCCAAGCUCAUGUACGAGAACUGUGAAAAAUGGCGUAAGGAGUUUGGCGUCGACAAAAUCUUUGAAGAAUUCCACUACGACGAAAAGCCUCUAGUUGCGAAAUAUUACCCUCAGUACUACCACAAGACCGACAACGAUGGUCGUCCCUUGUACUUUGAAGAAUUGGGCUCCGUCAAUCUCACUGAAAUGUACAAGAUCACCACCCAAGAGCGUAUGCUCAAAAACCUGGUGUGGGAAUACGAGUCCUUCGUUCGCUACAGACUUCCUGCAUGCUCUAGAAAGGCCGGUUACCUAGUUGAAACCUCGUGCACUAUUUUGGACCUCAAGGGAAUCUCCAUUUCUGCUGCAGCCCAAGUGCUCAGCUACGUCAGAGAAGCCUCCAACAUUGGUCAAAACUACUAUCCAGAACGUAUGGGCAAGUUUUAUCUGGUCAACGCUCCAUUUGGGUUUUCCACUGCUUUCCGUCUUUUCAAACCCUUUCUAGAUCCAGUGACAGUCUCCAAGAUCUUCAUUUUGGGCUCCUCUUACCACAAAGAACUCCUCAAGCAGAUCCCAGCUGAGAAUCUACCGGUUAAAUUUGGUGGAAAGUCCGAGGUCAGCGAAGAAAGCGGGGGACUUUACUUGUCCGACGUUGGUCCUUGGAGAGACCCCAAAUACAUUGGGCCAGAGGGCGAGGCUCCCGUCGCCUUCAAGGUCUAA